AUGUUGAACAAGGGAAAGAAAUCGAGCGAGCUUACGAUCCAAACCGAACCUCGAAUUCCCACGGUGGCUGCCCCAUCCGCGCCUCCGCUUCCAUUGUCACCGCCAUGGAUCGAACUGCCGGAUGAAUUGACUGCGAAUAUCCUGCAAAGGUUGGAUGUUGAAGUGAUUUUGUUGAUUGCGCAGAAUGUGUGCGCCACAUGGUGGAAUGUCUGCAAGCAUCCCUCCAUGUGGCGCGUUAUUGAUUUUUAUCGUGCACGUUGCACGGGCUACAAUUCCGAUAAAAUUGGGCGUUGUGCAGUGGAUCGUAGCCACGGACAAUUGCUCCACCUAAAGCUUUCCGGUUUUCGAGUGGAUGACUUGCUAACCUACGCUGCUCACCGAUCAAGUCAGCUACGAAGCCUUACACUUGAUGUGUAUCGUGUAUCAGAAACUGUUUUGACUGAGGCGAUAGAAAACUUUACACAAUUGGAAGAGUUGCAUCUUUCGAUGAUGCCAAGUCUCAAUCCGCAAGAUUUUGAAAGCAUUUGCAUCUCUUGCUGCAAGUUGAAGUCAUUCACAUUUAGCAACCAUUUGGGAGAUGCUCAUCCCGCAGAAUUUUCAGAGCAUGCAGUAGCCAUUGGAGAAAACAUGCCUAACUUGUGCCAUCUCCGACUUGUUAAACUUCAGAUUGAAAAUAAGGGACUGGAAGCGAUUCUCGAUGGCUGCACCAGCCUAGAAUCACUUCAUCUUCAGAAAUGCUCCGGUCUUGAUCUACAAGUCGGUCUAGGCAAAAGAAGUUCUGACCAAAUAAAAGAUCUGAUUCUCGAUAUCAAGCCUUCUCAAUCUGAACGUGAUCAGGUGGAUUAUGAUUGGUAUGACGACAAUGAAUCAACAGCUUCUGACUCUGAUGAUAAUGGCUAUGAAUAUGAUCCUGAUUUUUACUAGGAUUGAAGAUUUUGGUGGUGGUUACUAUUUGUUUUGAAAAUGCUAAGACUUUGAUUCUUCACUUUUAUGUUAGGUUGGUGAAGGAUGAUGCUACUUUGUUUUUUUUUUACAUUGGUUUGGUUGGCACCGUAUUUGGAGUUUGGUUUUUCAGCAGUUUACAUCUAUCUCAACUCGAUCGUCUCUGUGAAUAUUCAAGGUGUUUGAUUUCGAUUGCUACGAUUUGUGAAUUUCAUUUAUGGAUAUUCAAUUGUC